GAGUUUAUCCUAUAAUCUUUGCUUAACUGGAGACAGCAUUCAGUAAUAAGGCUACCAACACAUCCACUGCAGCAUAGUAAUACCUGCAGGAAAGAUUGUCUGUCAUUUUGGAGUUACUGGAGCCUGCAGGUAGGUCAGCUCAGCAUGUGUUUCCUAAGCCCGUUAUUAUUUAUCCCCCUAGCUGGCUGGCAGGUUGUUGCAGGGUAGGUCGGGUAAAAGCGGGCGUCCUGCUCUCUGAACCGACACGGUGACAAAGUGAAUGUCAGGACUGGUGGACCCUUCCCUGCGUUCUUUAGCAAGAAUUCAUUACUUCUGCCUACCAUUGGGAUUAUCAUCUGUAAUUAUUUCUGUGGAAAGCCUCUGACAAGUUGAGCACAUAACAAAGUCACUUCUUGUUAAUAAAUAAAAUAGUUAAAAUUUGCAGAAAUACUCAAAAGUGUUCAGAAUGUUACUGUUGCAAAUAAAGUUGCUUUAAUGCAGUUGCUUUUAUUAAAAAGGAGUGAAGGUUGAUUUGCAUUAAGUCUAAAUGUCAUUUAACAACCAGCACAAGCUAGAAUUCUAUAGAAAAAAUAAUACACAUCUUUAGCAUCCACUUCAUUUGUGUGAGUUAUUCAGUGUAAAAACUUGCAGCAUUUUAAUGACAUCAUCAGGAGCAUAUCCAAAAGCUGGAAAUAAGAGGACAUGCUUACUUGAAAAAUACAACUAUGCUAAUCUGUUCUUUUUUUUUUAAUUUUCUUUACCUACAUAGGACAUUUAAAGUGCCAACGCAGGCUUUAUCCUAAUGUGAAAGCUCCCAUCGUUUCAGUUAGAAAUUAAUUGGAACCUGUGACCAAUGUUUUAUUACAUGUUAAAACCAAGUAGGCAAUAAUUUCUAACUCAUGUUUUAUAAAAGGUUACAAUAUGAUCUAUCUAACCUACAGUUAAGUGGAUUAAGCAGGUUAUAAGCAACAGCAUUCAGGAGGGGCAGAACAGCGGACCUGGGAAGCCUUUGGGAAUAUGCAAAACACCCUCCUCAUCUCCUGGCUUAUAUCAGGUGGCGACAGGAUUUCUGGUGGGACCACUGUACUUACAUUUUUGUUAACCUGAAAUAACCCUCAUGUUUCUUACAUUUGAUUGUACAGAGCUGCUAAGAAUUCUGGAAGGAUCUGGGUAUUUUCACCUCCCUUCCCCUGCAGGACCCUUGCAGUAAGGGGGAGGCAAUUCCUUGCUGCACAAGGCAGGAUAACAGUCUUGCCUAAUAUUUGUUAAUAGAUAAUAGUCUGCCUAAGUGCUGUAUAGUGAAAACUUAGUGUGUUUUUCUAUAUGGAUAAACCAUCCCAGUCGAUGCAAAUAUUUGCUGUUGCAAACUGUUACUGCACAUGCAACUGUGGGAGGGUUGCCUGUUUUGCUGCUGAUUAGCUUUGUACAGUGAGGGAUAGCCUUGGACAAAAUCCAAAUCAUACGUUAAUUAAACCGAUGUAAGUUAAUGCAGAAUAAACAGUAAUCAGGAGCUAACUCAACACCUGUAGUAAGCUGUCGGCUCUAGCCACAGGAUUCUUUGUUAGAAGAUGCCUGAUAGACACUUCACAUUACAUACUGUUCUGAGAAAGGGGACAAAAUCGUCGCCAAGUUACGCUUGCAUUAAGGAAAAAAAAUACAGAAAAGUUAUGGGCUUGAAAGUGCUACAAAAAAAUGUAAGCAAGGCUCUUGCACUUAAUAAGAGGCUGUCAUUGGAAAAGAUCUGAAAAAAAAUCUUCUGAAUACUACUUUGAAAUAAGAACCAUCUAGCUGCACGGUAUUUUUUAUGAAACUGCAACUAAAGGAUGUUAAUACCUAUAUAAUCUGUACAUUGGGUGCAUUCAUUUAUUUUUAUCAAUUGACCGUACUUUGUAUUCUGCGCCUCAUUUAUUACUUUCUAUGUUAUAUUUGCUGCGACUGCCGGGGAAAAGUCAGAGGCAAUGAAGAUGGGUGCUCAUCUAACAGGUGCUCCACUCCCUUUGUUCUUUGUAUACACAUAUUCAAAUCACAUAAGGCAGGGGACAGGACAGGGCCUGUUAACUCAUUGCUGAUUUCCCUAGCAAAUAAACCAGCAGCUGCAGGUCCAAGCCCUGGCUUAGCACUGAGAAGAAGGUGGCAUUUGUGUGGGACAGGAUGUUUUCAUGGAGCCCUUUAGCCAACUUCUUUUGGGACUUACAGUGCAAAAUAUAUGUUCUGCUUGUAGGUAUUUGUUCUGCCUUAAAGUUGACAGUACCGUCUCAUACCAUCCAUGGUAUUGAGGGGCAACCACUCCAUCUUGCUGUUGACUACAAUUUCAAUGCUACAGCUUCUGAAAUCCAGAUAAUCUGGCUUUUUGAGAGGCCUCACAGUAAUCCAAAAUACUUGCUUGGCUCCGUAAAUCAAACAGUAGUUCCAGACUUGGAAUACCAGCACAAGUUUACCCUCACACCACCGAAUGCAUCUUUGAUGAUCAAUCCAUUGCAUAUGAGUGAUGAGGGCAAUUAUAUUGUAAAAGUCAAUGUCCGUGGCAAUGGGACAAUAGCUGCCAGUCAAAAGAUUCAAGUAGCUGUUGAUGUUCCUGUCACAAAGCCAAUUGUACAUACUGAACCAUCUUCAGGGGUAGUGGAGUUUGUAGGGAAUAUUACCUUAAAAUGUACUGUGAGUAAAAGUACAAGGGUAGUUUACCAGUGGAUGAAAAAUGGGAAGCCUCUCCACGCCGGCCCUAAUUACACAUUUUCAUCAAACAAUGCUACACUUCUAAUUGUUCCUGUUGUAAAAGAAGACAUUGGGAAUUACAGCUGUCUGGUAUCUAACCCUGUCAGUGCAAUGGAAAGUGAGAUAAUUGCACCAACCAUAUAUUAUGGACCUUAUGGACUUAGAGUUAAAUCAGAUAAAGGUCUGAAUGUAGGAGCGGUGUUUACAGUUGAUAUGGGGGAAGUUAUACUGUUCGACUGCUCAGCAGAUUCAAAUCCACCAAAUACUUAUUCGUGGAUCCAAAGGGCUGACAAUACCACUCAUGUAAUCAAAUACGGACCCCAUCUGGAAGUUGUAUCUGAUAAGGUGGCCCAGAAGACAAUAGAUUACAUGUGCCGUGCUUUCAACAACGUGACUGGAAAACGAGAUGAAACUCACUUCACAGUGGUCGUUACUUCUGUAGGAUUGGAGAAACUGGCCCAGAAAGGAAAAUCUUUGUCAUCUCUUGCAGUAAUAACAGGAAUUUCAUUAUUUUUGAUCCUAGCUAUGGCCUUUUUGUUCUUAUGGAAAAGAUAUCAGCCACAUAAAGUGAUACAACAGAAGCUGCAGAGCAGGCCAGAGGCUGAUUACAGGAAGGCACAGACAUUUUCAGGACAUGAAAGUGCUUUGGAUGAUUUUGGAAUAUAUGAAUUCGUCGCUAUUCCUGAUCUUGCUAGCGGUUCUAGGGUUUCAAGUCAAUCUGUUCCUAGCUCUGACUUUGUCCCAGGCCAGGAUAUGCUUAGUACGGUUUAUGAAGUUAUUCAGCAUAUUCCUGAGCAGCCGCAACAAGACCAUCAACAAAAUCCCAGUGACAGUACCAGCAAAUUUGCAGACUAGCCGAUGCCUAACACCCUGGGAACAGCUUUUUCCUUCCACUUUUCCUUAUGCUUUUAUCAGCCUUUUUAUCCGUUCAUCCACACAUGCACAUAUGCCUCUGAUGCUCUAAAUAAUUACAAAAUUUUAGAUGUGCCCCAGCUCUUAAAAAGUAAGAAUACUGCUGGAAAGUAAUUAAACUCUUAAACUCUCUUGGGUUUGGACUGACAGACUCAUAACCUAAUUGCAGUCAAAAAAUGAGCUGAGAUGACAGCUGGCUUUGCACUUUUACAUUUGCAUGGUGAUAUUAGUCACUGCUCACAAGAGUCUUUUGCGGAUUUGCCUCCCCUGCUCCUCCAAAGAGUCAAAGGGAAAACGUGAAAUCAGUUUUUGCGGAAACUGUUCUGCUCCAUCUCUGGGCUCCACAGUCACAGGGUGUUAUGUGACUGCCACAAACUCAACUAUUUCAUUAAAUAAUAGACUUUUUUAAGCUGUUUGGGGAGGGGUUGUUAAAACCUUUGCACAUUUUUUAAACUAAACAUAAAUCCUGUGACAAACUGGACUACAGGCCCUUCCACAUAUGAAAGAAAUCUGAAAAUGGCUGCGAAAGCUAAUGAGCAAGAAGUUUAGCCAGCUUUUAUACAUAACCACUGACAGCUCGACUCUUCUGAGAGCAGAAACUGUUUGUAAUUUAGUUUUCAUUUUCACUUCAACUGAAGAUAAAUCUACAUCACCUCCCUCUCCUUUCAUACGCACUGUUUCUCUCAGGCUUUAACCAUUUCACAAGUUUCUGCUCUGCCAGCUGCUGAAGAGCAAGGAGGAUGCAAAGCCUUGCCAGGCAUUUCAGCGCGGGGUUUCUACUGCGGACUACACGACUCAGCCCACCGCUGCUGCUCCCCUGUAGCAGGUGCUCAAGCACAUCACUGCUGAUAACGUAUGAGCAACUUGAAGCGUCUGUGCCGAAAAAGCAGCAAUGUGGGAUGCUAUAUUAGCCAUUAUAUUAUUUAUGGCUCAGACCUGUCUUGCCGCUAGUCAUAUCUUUUCAAAACUUGUGAUCUUCCGGAUACUAAAAAUUCAGUCAAAUAUCAGUGUGCUACAAAUACUUCCCUAGAGCUGUCAUUCAUGCUGAAGAACCAUUUUACUUUUGUGUUUAGAACCGCUGGUUGGUUUAUAUGUUUGCACCAGUGUUUUUUAAAAGAAAGACAGUGUUGUAGAAAACUGUUAUCAUAUCUGUUUUUCCUAGAUGACAACACGGGAACAGGAAAUCAAAGCAUCUGAAAAUACAAAAGUGACUUCUUUUUCUUUAUUAUGUAUUGAAAGGAGAUGCCAACAACUCCAAAAAUGGCAAAGACUUAUGCCAGCUUUUCUUGAAAUAGCAAUUUCUCUUCAGACUGGCAAUCCUUUUCCUUCGGGUGCUCCAAAUUGCCCAUUUUUAAAAUUUGUUUUUCUUCUUUUUAAUUAAUAGUUUCUUGAAAAAUACGGGGGGGUUCAUUCCUUACAAUUUUUUCCUUAUUUGUGAAUACAAAAGACAAAGGGACAGCUUAAAAAUUGCAGUAUAAAACCUAUAUAUUUUAUUACAAUAAUGGGUGGGAGGCACAGGAAGGAAUUAGGCCCAAGAUGCCUCCCACGCUUGUUUUAUUUUAAAAUAUGAAAAAAAAAAAUGUGUAUGGGAGUUUUUCAUUGGGGUUGACUUUUACAAGA